CUCACCUAACUCAGUCGGCCAGUGCACUUGAUCUUAUCGGUGGUAGUGCUACAAGCGAGUGAACAAGUUCUUGCACCGAUCAGAUCCAACUUCUGCACAGGAUGCUGGACAAGCUGUGGGACGACGUGGUGGCCGGGCCUCGCCCGGAGACGGGCCUCGACAAGCUCCGCCGGGCCGCCGCCACCCAACCCCUCGCCAUCAACACAGCUGCAGGGGAGGCGAUUAAGCAGUCGCCGUCGAUGCCGACGACCCCGACCACGCCGGUGACGCCGUCGUCGUCCACGCCGCCGCGCGGCGGCAGCGUGUGGCGGAGCGUUUUCCACCCCGGGAGCAACCUGGCCACCAAGAGCCUCGGCGCCAACCUCUUCGACCGCCCGCAGCCCAACUCCCCCACCGUCUACGACUGGCUUUACAGCGACGAGACGAGGACAAGGAGCAACCACCGCUAAAUAAGAGCCGUCGGCCAGAGAACUGAAGGCAGGGUGCUCAACAACUUGUGCGACGCCGCCAUGUUUGCUGCUCUUUUGGUUAUCUAAUCCUGCGUAGCGUACGUUGCUGUCCGAGGCUGCAUGUGGUUUGUCUUCAGCUUCGUACUACUGUCUACUAGUGCCUGUAACUUUAUUUUCUUGGCUCGGUAUGCUCGCUGCAUGCUAGCGAGUGAUGGGUGUAUGUGUGUGCUCUGUGUAAGCUCCAUGCGUGUGUAAAUUCUCUCGUGUGUGUGGUGUGGUCUUCUCAAUGUUUAACCACCUAUGGUAAAGACAAUAACAGCCUCAGAGCAAGUUUUCCUUUUUUUU